AUGAGUAAAACUUUAAGAUCUAAAAAUAUUGCCCCCAACAUUGAAUUCUGUAAUGAAAUGGCCAAUAAUUAAAAAUUACUUAAAGCCAAAAAAAAGACUCUAUCUAAAUUGAAAGCAGAAUUAGGAAAUAUGAAUAUCAUUAUGCCUAUGACAAACUAAAAAAUAGUACAAAGAAAAAUUGAAAGUAUAUAAUGCAUAGAUAUCUCUCUUUAGACCUUAAGACUUAAUUAGAAAAAUAAUAAGAUACUAAAUAAGGAGUAACAAAUUAUGGGAAUCUAACGAAUUAGAAUAUACAAAAAUAAUCGCCCUUAUUAAGAUUAGAAAAUUUAUAAUAAAUGAGAAUUAAAAGUGGAAUUCGAACAACAAGCGAUGGAGAUGUUGUAUACGUUAAACAACUUAAAAAAAAUUAAAAUUUGUCAAUCUCUAAAAAUUGA